AUGUCUCGUAGUCACACGCCUGCUGCACCUUUCACCUCUUUUACUUUCCUCUUUAUCUUCUUUCUCUUAUUCACAUCAUUUUGCGUUAACGUCAAAGCCAAUUAUUUAACCUUACAUCAAGAUAUUAUUGGUCCUGAUAGUAUAGAUUCGGUUAUUGAUAGCAGUUCAGGAAUUGAUUAUGGUUCCGAAGAAGACAAAUCAAUCGUUACUGUUGACCAAACUCCCAAACCUGUAGGAAAUGUUAUGGGAGUACUAUACAGUAUUUCAGACGCAUGUUCUACAAGCAAUGAGAACAUUCCACUAUUAUCUACUAUUCCCCAAAAGUUGAACAGCACUCGUAUUGCUAUAUUUAGUCUUAGUGAUACUUGUUCAAUCCUCCAACAAAUUUUAAACGUACAGAAAAGUGGUGCGAUUUGUGCAAUUGUAUACAAAGUUGACGGAUCAACUUCUGAAAAUGGACAAUCCAAUGUUUCACCAACCGAUAUAACGAUACCUGCAGUUACCAUAAAUGCCAAUAUCUUUAAUGCAUUGACAAAGAAAUUGAAUGAUACCACACAACAAACAUCAAAGUUUGUUCGCGUCGUUGUGAGCUCUUCACAAGGAGGAUUUAAUGGUGGAUGGAAAGUGGCUAUCAUUGUUAUUGGUUGUUUACUUGCAGUUUCUUUCUUGGUGUCUGUAUUGAUACACUGUCGCCUCUAUCAACUCAGACGUCGGGAACGUAACAUCAUGGUUGCUAGACACGAAUCUGAAUCAAUUGGAUCCUCAAUCUCCGCCGCUUCCUCUACCACCACUAAGGUUUCUGAAAAAUCUUCAUCUAAAAAUGCCCCAACUAUUGAAUAUGCAAAUGAUGUUUGUGCUAUUUGUCUUGAAGAAUUUAAUGAUGGUGAACUUUUAAGAAGGUUACCUUUGUGUUCUCAUGAAUAUCACAAAGAAUGUAUUGACUCAACACCACCUGAAGUUAUUGCCAAAAGGGAAAAGAAAUUUGAUCAAGCCAUGCAAGUUCAUGCUAGACUUAACUCCAUAUAUGAUACAUCAAACAAUCGUCAUGAAAGUAGCAGAUUUAGUACCAUUAGUAAUGACAAUAAUGGAGGAGGAACUGGUUCCUCUAAAUAUGGUCGUUUCCUUGAUUGGUUUGGAUAUGGUAAUACCGAUCCUCGAGAUGUUAACCCUCACGUACGACCCAAUGGUAAUUUAUUCGCAAUUCAAGAUUUACCUCAAGUUGUUGUUCGUUCAGAAAGUUCAACUAGAAUGGUAUAA